AUGGAUAAGAAAGAUGCGUCCGGCGAGAGCCCCAGCUGGCGCUGGGAGCCGUGGAGAAAACGAGAUCCUCGAAAUGCGAAAGUGAUCGAGAAGACGAUCAACAAGGGCUACUUCAUCGAAGACCUGGAGAACUUCGAUGCCUCAUUCUUCGGCAUCUCGCCCAAGGAGGCCGAGCAGAUGGACCCGCACCAACGAUUAGGGCUCGAGGUGACGUGGGAGGCCCUCGAGAACGCCGGCCUCAACCCCAAGUCUCUCUCCGGAUCGGACACAGCCGUGUAUAUGGGCUGUGAUUCAGACGACUAUUCUCGACUUCUGCUCGAAGAUAUACCGAAUAUCGAGCCCUGGAUGGGCAUAGGCACGACCGCACACGGAAUUCCCAACCGGAUUUCCUACCACUUCGACCUGAUGGGCCCUAGUGUGGCGGUCGACUCUGCAUGCGCAUCUUCACUGUGCGCCGUGCACUUCGGGCGGCAGGCCGUCCUCGGCGGGGAGUCCAGAGUGGCAAUCGUCGGCGGCGUCAACGUUUGCUUAUCCCCUGCCCUAUUUCACAUGUUAGGCUCAGCCGGCGCGCUCUCACCGGAUGGCGUGUGCCUCUCCUUCGACGACGAUGCCCACGGAUACGCCAGAGGAGAAGGCGCCGCCGUGCUCAUCCUGAAGCGUCUAUCCCACGCCAUCAAGGACGGCGACCGCGUGCUGGCGACCCUCAAGGGCACGGCGAUUGCGCAGGACGGUAAGACGAACGGCAUCAUGGCUCCCAACGCCAAGGCGCAGGAGCUCGUGGCCAGAAAGGCCCUGCAGGUCGCGGACCUCGACCCCUUGUCCAUAGGCUAUAUUGAAGCACAUGCCACCUCCACUUCGCUGGGCGAUCCGACGGAAAUUUCCGCCAUCUCUGCGGUAUAUGGCGCUGGGCGCUCCCCCGACGCGCCCGCCUACGUUGGUUCCAUCAAACCCAACGUCGGACACCUCGAAGCUGCCGCCGGCGCCAUCAGUCUCGUAAAAGCGGUCAUGGCCGUCAACAAGGGAGAAAUACCGCCACAGGCGAGGCUGCAGAAGCUGAACACGCGCGUCAACUGGGAGAAGUCGGGCCUGCAGGUCGUGCAGGAGAAGACGGAGUGGAUCGAGGAGGGAAACCGGCCGCGACGCGCUGCCGUCUGCUCGUACGGCUAUGGCGGAACCGUGUCCCACGCCAUCAUCGAGCAGUCGCCUGUUGCUGUGCCCAUGGCACGCGAGGAAGAGGAUCGGCCGACAUUGCUGCUGCUUUCCGCUCCGCAGGAGAAGCGGUUGGCGAUUCAGAGCGCGGCGCAGGCCGAGUGGCUCGAAAGUUCUGGAAAAUGCGAAAGUCUGAAGUCGGUGGCAGCGACGCUCGCACGACGACGCGCUCACCACGACCUCCGCGCAGCGUUUGUUGUGGGCAGCCACGCGGAAGCGGCUGAAGCGAUGAACUCCUUUACUAAGGGCACGACGGGCGAGUGGGUCAGUCAAGGCCGUGCGUUCGAGACCGGCAUUAGCAGGGAGGCGGUGUGGAUCUUCUCUGGCCAUGGCGCACAGUGGGCGGACAUGGGCAAAGAGCUGCUCGAGAACCCUGUUUUCCGCCAGACGGUCGCCCCGCUAGACGAAAUAGUGUCCCGGGAGCUCGGGUACUCUGCCCUCGAUAGCCUGAAAAGGGGCGAUUUCCAGGAGUCGGACGAGAUUCAGGUCCUCACCUACCUGGUCCAGGUCGGCCUCAGCCAGCUCUUGCAAUGCCAGGGCAUUCACCCUCAGGCUAUCAUCGGCCACUCGGUUGGGGAGAUCGCUGCCUCUGUUGUCGCCGGAUGUAUCAGCCCGGAGGAGGGCACGCUGAUCGUGACGAGGCGUGCACGCCUGUAUGCCCGGAUCAGGGGCUUUGGCGGCAUGUAUCUGGUCAACCUACCUUUCUCAGAGGUAUCCGCGGAGUUGGGUGACAGGAAGGAUAUCGUGGCCGCCAUUGACUCUUCUCCGUCGUCUUGUGUCGUCAGUGGUGCUGUCGCUCCUCUGGCCCAGUACACCGAGAGUCUAAGGGAGCGUGGUAUCAGAACCUUCCAAGUCAAGACCGAUAUUGCCUUCCACAGCCCCAUGCUGGAUAUCCUGUCGACGCCAUUGAAAGAUGCCUUGUCCAAGGCACUUCACCCGAAACUGCCGUCGAUUAGGCUCUACUCGACAUCUAUGACUGAUGCUCGGGCCCUAGAUCCUAGAGAUGUAGACUACUGGAUUAACAACAUGUUGAGUCCUGUAUGGCUUACCUCUGCCGUCAAUGCCGCCGUAGAGGAUGGCUUCAGAACUUUCUUGGAGGUCUCAUCCCACCCUAUCGUAUUACACUCUGUCAACGAGACUUUGGCUGAGAAAGACUUGAAGGAUUUCACGACCAUCGCUACGAUGCGGAAGAACAAGUCUGCGGAGAAGAGCAUUCUCCACGCCGUGGCUCAACUGUACAUCAAAGGCGCUACCGUCGAUUUCAACGCCUUGUUCGGUCGGAAAUGGUGCGGACAGGUUCCCGGGUUCCGCUGGAGCCAGAAGCCGUACUGGAAGGAAGUGUCCUCUGGAUCGGCGGGGGCUGACAUGCUCCACGAUGUUGAUCUGCACACGAUGACCGGUCAACGUACAGUCGUUGCCGGUACCGAUACCAUUCUCUACACCACCACGCUUAACGAGAGCAAUAAACCGUUCCCGAGGCCUCACAAACUCCACGGCACAAAUAUCAUCCCUGCUGCCGUCUAUGUUAACACUUUCCUUCAUGCCACUGGCGCUACUACCCUCUCCGAUAUGACGCUGCGUAUUCCACUUGCGGUCACCGAUGACCCUCGGAACGUCCAAGUCGUCAUGGAAGGAGAAAACGUCAAGGUCGCAUCUCGCCUCAGCUCAUCCGACGACCACUCAUGGACUGUGCACAGUGCCGCGAAGUGGAGCGACAAGCCCCUUACCGAGGCCGAGCCAUCCAUCCCUAUCGACGCCAUCCGAAGGCGCUGCAACCUACUACCCAACACUUAUUCCAUCGAUCACUUGACCAAGGUCGGUGUCUCGGGCAUCGCCUUCCCCUGGGCGGUCACGGAGCACUACGGCAAUGACAAGGAGAUGAUCGCCAAGGUGGACAACGACCCCGACAACAAGGAGACUACAUGGGACGUCAAGUCGUGGGCCCCUACCCUCGAUGCCGCGUCCUCGGUGGGCUCUACCGUCUUCGCCGACGACCCGAAGCUGCGCAUCGUCUCGCAAAUCGACGAGCUCGUCAUCCACUCCCGCGACCCUCCCCCCAAGGUCUACUUCCUCUACGCCACGGAGACCGACGCCGCUGCCGCUGAUCCACAGACGCGGUCUGCCGACGUCUCGAUCCUCAACGUCCGCGGCGAGGUCCUCGCCAAGUUCCGUGGACUAAGACUAACCGAAGUAGAGGGUGGCUCGGGGAUCAGCAAGGGCAUAGAUACCCUCGUGCACCACAUGGCCUGGAUCCCUGCUCGUCUAUCCGAGAAGCCCCUCCUCCUGAAGCAGGCUGUCAUCAUCUCCUCAGAUACCGAAAGGUAUGAGCAGUACGCGAAGGACUUGAGCCGACAGCGGCACAUCUCCAAGGUAGUCAAGGUCAACACUGCCAAGGAGCUGCAGCAGGCAGAGAUAUCCGCCAUGCUCAACGCGAUGGAGUCCGCCGUCGUGUACUGCCCCGAGGCCGUGCAGCCCUCCGACGACAUCGCGCGCGCGUCCCGGAAGUUCAUCUGGGAGGUCGCCUCCGCCGUCAAGUUCAUCGCGCAGAACAAGCUCCCCGUCAAGUUCUUCAUCAUGACGGACCGCGUCUUCGCCGCCGAGGACGCCACGGCACUCGCCCAGGGGGCGCUGUACGGCCUCGCGCGCAUCGUCGCGUCAGAGCACCCCGACAUCUGGGGGGGUCUGAUCGACAACGAGGGCCCGCAGUUCCCUAUCCUGCCCUUCAAGUACGUCCAGGAGCAGGACAUCAUCCGCUUCGAGGACGGCGUACCUCGCAUCGCGCGCCUGCGCCCCUUCUCCGCUAACCAGCGCCACCCCGCAUCCAGCACCAAAACCCUCCUACCCAAGCCCGAGGGGACGUACGUCGUGACGGGUGGUCUCGGUGUCUUGGGUCUCGAGACCUGCGACUUCCUCAUCGCGAAGGGCGCGCGCCGCAUAGUCAUCCUCUCGCGUCGUGCCUUGCCACGCCGCAGUCAGUGGGCCAAUGCAUCGGAGAGCAUCGCGCCCAUCCUAGCCCGCAUCCAAGCGAUGGAGAACCACGGCGCGAGCGUGCACGUCGUGUCUCUCGACGUCGGCGCCAAGAACGCGCACGAACUGCUCCUCGACGCGCUCGACCGCCUCUCGCUUCCCCCCGUCCUCGGCGUCGUUCACGCCAGCGGUGUGCUCGAGGACAGCCUCCUCGUCGAUACAACCGAAGACUCAUUCGCGCGCGUGCUGUCGCCCAAGAUCUCCGGCGCCUUAGCAUUACACAAGGCCUUCCCGCCGGGAACUCUGGACUUCUUCGUCUUCUACUCGUCCAUCGGGCAGCUGGUGGGGACGUCGGGGCAGAGCUCGUAUGGAUCGGGGAACGCUUUUCUAGAUACCUUGGCGGCGCACAGGCGCAGCCUCGGGUGCAACGCGGUGGCGUUCCAGUGGACGGCGUGGCGCAGCAUGGGGAUGGGGACCUCGGCGUUCCUGACGCUCGAGCUGCAGAGCAAGGGCAUCACGGACAUCACGUGCGAGGAGGCCUUCAGCGCCUGGGAGCACCUGUCGAAGUACGAUGUCGAGCAAGCCGUCGUCACGCGCACGCUCGCCUACGACGAAGGGGAAUCGGCGCCUUGCCCGCUGAUGGAGGAGAUCACAGUCCGGCGCCCCCGCGAGAGGGACAGCUCGUCGUCCGGCGCCCCUGCAGAAGGGGCCAAGGGCGAGAGCGCGGACCGCCCGACGGACACGGCGGAGCUGAAGAAGUGGCUCGACAUCAAGAUCCGCGAGUCCCUCGCGUCGAUACUGAAGAUUGGCGACAUCGAGGACAUCGACCCGCGCGUCGCGCUAUCGGAUAUCGGGGUUGACAGUGUGAUGACCAUCGUGCUGAGGCAGAAGCUGCAGAGCGUGCUGAAGGUGAAGGUGCCGCAGACGCUCACGUGGAAUCACCCGACGGUGACGGCGAUAAUAGAGUACUUCGUGAAGCAGUUCCAAGGGGAAGGGAGCAAAUAG